UCAAAAAUUCUUUGUCCCAAAAUGUUUUUAACUAGGAAGUAAAAAUAAAUCUUUUUAUUUGUAGAUAACGGUACUUAAAAUCAUAGUUUCGUUAUGACUUUAUAGCCAGGGAUAUUUAUUUUACUAAGCCGAGGAAAACAGGGCACCAUACUGACAGCGAAUUGCAUUUGUUCAUUUUCACAAGUUUUUGUUUUCUAGUUAUCUGGAAAAAUACAAAAGAAUGCAACAUACUUCUUGACAACCUAAAUAUAUUUUGAAAGAGAGGCAUAAGAAAAGAAUGGCAAGGAUGUCAACAAUUUUAAUAUUCCUUUUGGUUUUGACAACAUCCAAAUCAUCUGCAUCAACGAAACCUACGACAACUACUACUAAAACAACAACGACCACACAUUCUAUGGUUAAGAUGAUUUCAUCUUCUACGACAACAAUGACUUCACCUUCUACGACAUCGACAGCUUCACCCUCUACGGCAACGACAAUUACAGAUAUUGAUGACUGCAUAAAUGUUACGUGUCAGAAUGGUGGUACGUGUGAAGAUGGUGUAAACAAUCACACGUGUACUUGUACAGCAGGUUAUAAUGGACCUGAUUGUGAACAUAAUAUUGAUGACUGCAUAAAUGUUACGUGUCAGAAUGGUGGUACGUGUGAAGAUGGUGUAAACAAUCACACGUGUACUUGUACAGCAGGUUAUAAUGGACCUGAUUGUGAACAUAAUAUUGAUGACUGCAUAAAUGUUACGUGUCAGAAUGGUGGUACGUGUGAAGAUGGUGUAAACAAUCACACGUGUACUUGUACAGCAGGUUAUAAUGGACCUGAUUGUGAACAUAAUAUUGAUGACUGCAUAAAUGUUACGUGUCAGAAUGGUGGUACGUGUGAAGAUGGUGUAAAUAAUCACACGUGUACUUGUACAGCAGGUUAUAAUGGACCUGAUUGUGAACAUAAUAUUGAUGACUGCAUAAAUGUUACGUGUCAGAAUGGUGGUACGUGUGAAGAUGGUGUAAACAAUCACACGUGUACUUGUACAGCAGGUUAUAAUGGACCUGAUUGUGAACAUAAUAUUGAUGACUGCAUAAAUGUUACGUGCCAACAUGGUGGUACGUGUGAAGAUGGUGUCAAUAAUUACACGUGCCAAUGUGCAGAAGGUUUCAAUGGGACAGAUUGUAGAAAUAAUAUUGAUGACUGCAAGGAUGUUACGUGUCAACAUGGUGGUACGUGUGUAGAUGGUGUCAACAAUUACACGUGCAAGUGUACACUAGGCUAUGAUGGACGGAAUUGUGAACAUAAUAUUGAUGACUGCAUAAAUGUUACGUGUCAGAAUGGUGGUACGUGUAAAGAUGGUGUCAAUAAUCACACGUGCAAAUGUGCAGAAGGUUAUGAUGGUCUAGAUUGUGGAAAUAAUAUUGAUGACUGCAUAAAUGUUACGUGUCAGAAUGGUGGUACGUGUGAAGAUGGUGUAAACAGUCACAUGUGUUAUUGUACAGCAGGUUAUGAUGGAGAAGAUUGUGAACAUGAUAUAGACGAGUGCGAGGAUAUAACAUGUGAACAUGGAGGCACUUGUGAUGAUGGAACUAACGCAUAUACAUGUAAUUGCAUAAAAGGAUAUAAUGGUGAACACUGUGAAAUAGCUCCAAGUAUUCCAGAAGACCUUACAAUAACGAUUUACAAUGACUCAAUAUUUGAAACCACAGUUAUAGUGAGCUGGUCUAUGACUAAUAGUUCAUCUGUGUAUAUAACAGUCAAAUCGCCUGAUGGAAAUUAUCGGAAUUUCAGUAUAGAAGAUAAAAGACCAUUUAAGUUAAUUAAGAAUUUAAAAUCUGGCACACGUUACUACGGAUGCUUGUAUAUCAGAAGAUAUGAUGCUAUAAGCGACGACUGUAGAACAUUCAAUUUCACUACACGACCAGCUAAUCAAAUCGUCCUUCAAAUUAACAAAUUGGACGAGACAAGCAUUGAGGUAGAAUGGAGUGUAAAAAACAAGAACGCAACUGAAAACAUAUCAAUCGCCAUAUCAAAAGCCGGCAAAAAUGCCAAUGUUACUGAGGAUAUUAUAUCAAGAAAUGGAUUAUUAACUGGUUUAUAUUCUUUUGAUGGGUUAGAUGCUGGAACUCUAUACAAUAUCUCGGCAUAUGCUGUAAUUGGUUAUCUGAAAAGUGAAAAACCAACAUUUGUUUUAAAUUAUACAAGGCCGCUGGCAACAAGAAUUAUCGAAGAAACUAAAUUUGAUAACCGUUUUAAAUUUACCCUGGAUACCUCCAUGUAUUUCAAUGUAGUAAGAAUAAAUGUUUCAAGCGCAAAUGAAACAAAUCGUAUCUUAACGCGGCCAGUGAAUGAAACUGGUUGCAUCGAAAUUUAUAAUUUGACAGCAGGAACUGAAUAUGAAUUGAACAUUGUUACAAUCAUAUCGACUUCUACAUAUGACAUUGAGAGCAACAAUUUCACAGAAAAUAUAACAUUUACAAGGCCUGCUCUACCUGAACACGUCGAUUUUCCACUUUAUGCGCUGCACGAAAGAAGCUUUACUGCUAAAAUCAACCCACCAAUGUAUGGUAAAUAUGAUGACUUCUGUGUACAUCUCAUUGAAUCAAAUUUGGAUAACUGUACUCUUGAUGAUUCAUUAGAAGUGUCCUUUGAUGAUUUAGAACCAGGAAAAAGAUACGAAAUUUCGAUAAAUACACGUUGGAAAGGCUUUAACAGUUCCACCGAGAAAAAUCUUACUGGAUCAAUCUAUACACGACCAUUGUCCCCGCAGAUGGUUACUUUUGACAAAAUUGAAGAAACAUACUUCAUGUUAGACGUUGAUUUGAAAGGAAAUGCACCUGACAAUUACAGUUUCAUUGUCACACCAAAUACAAUGCAGAAUAAGACGAACAUCACCGUUGGCGUAAAUGAAUUACCUGUGAACAUAUCUGAAUUAGAGAGUGGGAAAUUAUAUUCAAUAGAAGUGCAUUCAAUAGUUGAGGGUAUUUCAAGUGAACAUGUGAAACGAAUUUGUUCAUAUACAAAACCAAUGAAGAUAGAUGAGAAAACAAUCGUUGGAGUACCAGAAAACACAACUUCAAAUAAACUUUACAUAAAGUGGGAACCACCGAAAGGGUACCGGGAUAGUUUUUUAUAUAAUGCUACAUGUCUGUGUCCAAACAAUCAUACAUACAUUUUCCAAAACAACAAUACUAAUGAAACACAUGCAGUGCUGCUUUCACUCUGUCCCGGAACCUUUUGCAACAUUACUGUUGUUGUAAAGAUUACCAAUAAAGAGUGUGGCAACGAGCUGCUUAGCUCUCCAAGUACAGAAAAGAUUAGUCAAGAAACAAAUGAAACAGGGCCUGAAUCUGUGACAAAUUUUGGCAAACACAACUUAACCCAUGACUCUGUUCUGGUUACAUGGGAUGCUCCUGUUGUAAAAAAUGGGAUUAUCAGAUACUAUGAUGCAUUAGUGCAAUUAAAUGGACGCUGUAUAAAGAAAAAGGAAUUCAUGAGCAACAAAACCCAACUCAGCGAUUCUGAAGAGGAUUCUAGGAGAAAUGAAAAUGGUGAAUGUGAAGUGGUGACGGAAAUUUAUGACAUACAAAAGUCCAGUUUCUUUUGGGACAUUCAAGGGCUACACCCUUACAGAAAUUACACCGUUUCCAUUGUUGCCUUUACUAUUGAAAGAGGGGAUGAAUAUACAGAAUCAAUCAAUACACUGGAAUAUACACCUGGUAUACCUGUCAAUGUUUCCAUAAAAAAUGUAACCAGCAAAACUAUAAAUUUUAUGUGGCAACCACCCAUUGAAAGGAACGGUGAAGUAAGAAAUUACACGGUUCAAUACACAUAUGCAAGGUACAACUGCUCUAAAAAAGGUGAAGAUGUUAUGAAGACCAAAUACAUAACUGAAGAACCGUUGAAUGAAAUUCAACUUGAUGGUGGCGAUAUUUAUCCUUUCUGGACAUAUAAAGUGUCAGUGAAGGCAACAAAUAAUGCUGGAACCGGGAACAGCUCAGCAGAAGAAAUUGUUACAACAUUAAAAAGCAGGCCAGGUCAAAUAAAUAAAGACACUGUAACUGGGGCAAAGGAAGCUACGCUCUUCAAUGUCACAAUGGCCUGGGAUGUACCAUGUGAUACUAACGGGCAAAUACAAUUAUAUAAUAUUUGCUUAUAUAAUAAGUCCAGAACUGAACAUGAAGGUGAGCAAUGGAAGUAUUGCAAAAACGUAACAAGCAGUGACAACCUUUAUCAUACAUUUGACAUAUUUCCGUACAGAAAUUACACGUUUACGGUGUCUGCAGUGAACUCUGUUGGGGAAGGAGAUCCUUCUGAAUCUGUCACAAUACAUGCUCCAAUCGGACCCCCAGAAAUACCUAUUCUGCUUGAAGUUAAGGCUGUUACCAACGAUACUAUAUCAGCAGAUUGGAAAACACCAACACUGUUUUAUGGACCAGUAUUUUACUUUGUUGAGGCACAAGAUGUCAAAAACAGAAAGAAAGUGUUCAACACCACGACACGCACAGCUUAUUGGACAGAUGAGAUCAUCAAUUCUACAAAAAUAAGGGUAGAUGAGGCAUACUGGGAAUACAAUAUAACAGUGUAUGCUUCAUCAGGGAAUGAAAAGCUUGCAUCAGUUUCAAAAACAAUCAGAACACAGGAAUCCACUCCUGGAAAAGUUUCUGAAAUGAAUAUAAUAUCUGAGAAAGAAGUUACUAAACCAAGAACGUUGACAGUAUUAUGGAAAGCGCCUAAAGAAAUAGAUCUUAAUGGAAAACUUACUGACUACUUUAUACAGUAUACGAAUUUAGAUAGUGAACACCCAGUUAGCGAAAGAACGGACACUAAUUCUUUUUCAUACAUUAUAAAAGAUAUUCAGCCAGGAAACUACAGAAUAGAGGUAUUUGCCGCUACCGAAGUGGGUAACGGAAGUCGGGUGAUUCAAACGGAAACUGUAAAUCCUGGAGCUCCUAUCAAAUUGAAUGAGACAGUAGAUGAUUUAGUGAUAAAGCCUAGCAAAAAACAACCGAAGGACAAAGAAAGACAAAUAGCGGUGGACCUAUCCCUAAAGAACCUUCUUUGUAAUAAACGAAACGGUGAUCCUAAACGAUGGGGUGUAAUUGUUGCCCAGGAUGACGAGGCAACAGAUACACCCUUUACGGGUAAUACUACGGAAUUUGAAAACAAAAUCUCAACGCAUUAUAAAAGUUGGUUUGAAGUCAAAGAUAAAGAUUCCAUAUCACCUUACAUAGCUACACCUACAGACUGGAAAGGUCCAUGUGUGAAAGACCAGAGGAAAAAGCGGGCAAUAGCAAACUCAAACGAACCAGAACAUUACACAUUUUAUGUUGGAGUAGAUGGCGAAUGUCAGGACGAAAAAGGAGAGAAAUAUUGUAACGGCGAAUUGCAACCUGGGCGAAGUUACAGGGUGAAAUCAUUUGUUUGUACAAGCGGUGGAUGUACUGAAACAGAAUAUUCUCAACCGUUAACUACAGCACACCAAAAUACAGCAGAUCCAGACCUUACAAUUCCUAUAGUAGCUGGAGUAUCAUCGGCAUUACUAGUGAUAGCUAUUGUUUUUGUUGUCGUUUUCGUCUUAAGAAGAAAACAGAUGAUGUGCUUCGCAAAAGACGACGAAAGUCUUCAUACACAUAUGCCAGGUGAAGGAAUACAUCUCGACAAAAUAGAACAUACUAAGAAGAACCAUUUUAGGCAAGGACCAAUCAAGCUCACCGACUUUCCUGAUGCCGUUGAAAAAUUCCAUAAAGAUUCCGAUUUAAUUUUUGCAGACGCUUACAAGCUGAUUAAAGAUAAGAGCCCAAAUAAUCCGAUGACGGCAGCAGAACAACAGUGUUGUCGACCAAAAAACAGAUAUACAAAUAUUCUGCCAUUUGAUCACUCUCGAGUUAAACUCCGGCCAUCCGAUGAUAUUGAAGGGUCGGACUACAUCAAUGCCAACUAUAUCCCUGGAUAUACCUCUCGCAGAGAAUAUAUAGCUACUCAGGGUCCUAUGCAAGCUACUUUCGAUGACUUCUGGAGAAUGGUUUGGGAGCAAAACGUUGAUACUAUCGUCAUGUUGACAAAACUAAUGGAAAAAGGACGGCAUAAAUGUGAUAAGUAUUGGCCGGAUCUUGGGGAACCUGUUUUCUACGGAGAUUUGGUUGUUUCACUUCAAUCAGAAUCGAACCUGUCUGACUAUACUAUAAAGAUAUUUGAAAUAAAGAUGAAAGAGGAACGGAAAAUGGUUCGUCACUUUAGUUACUUGAAGUGGCCAGAUAUGGGUUGUCCUGAAACGCCGGAAUUAUUGCUAGAGUUCGUAAAAGCUGUUAAACAGUAUAGUAAUCAGGAAAAAAAUAAAUCCUCGACUGGACCAACGAUUGUCCAUUGCAGUGCUGGUGUAGGUCGUACUGGGACAUUUAUAGCAGUGGACUACUUGUUACAACAUAUCAGAGAUCACGACGAGGUGGAUAUAUUUAAUCUUGUCCUUGAUAUGAGAAAUCAUAGGUUGAACAUGGUGCAGACAGAGGACCAAUAUAUUUACAUCCACGAGUGCCUAAAAGCGUUCAUAACAACUGAUGAGGAAGAAGAAGAAGACGAAGAAGAAGAAGCUGUUUACGUAAAUACAGGAUUUGGAGCCGAUGAAGAAAACAUAUACGUUAAUGCGUAAAUUGAGAAAGAUUGACUGGAAUAGCUAUUGAACAAAAUGGAGAAUAAUUGUUUUGAACAAAGACGAUUUAUGAUAUAUACAUAUAUGUACAUGGAUGUUAGAAAAUUAUAAAUAAGAAUUAUAUCGAGAUAUUUCUCAAUGCAUGUAAUGCAAUUUUUAGUUUUUUUUUAUUAUGUAUUUAGUAUAUGUUUCGUGUAGAAUUACCAGGACUGUCCUAAAAUAAUUAAAGGCUAGAUUAUAUCUAGUAUUAAGAAUUACAUGUCCAGAUUUAAUCUUAGAAAACUUUAACAAUGACUAUUUGUAAUAGAAUUGGAUGCAUAUUUAUGUCACUUAACCAAAUAAUGUAAACUGCGUGUGAUAUGUGAUUUUAAUACGUACAUAACAUUUAUAUAAACAUGCAUUCUCUAUAGUUAACAUUUUGAAAUUAAAUUUUCAUUUAUUGAAGAAACCAAAGAGUUUUGUAUGUGACAGACACAAACGUAAUAUCAAAUAUUACCUUAAAUUGUUUUCAUUUAUUUAGAAUAAAGGCUAUAUUGUAAAACGCAGAAUCAUAUUUUGUUAGAAAAAGGAAUCUUAUGUCUAAAUAAUUGGCAAAUAUGAAUUCUUCAUGUGAAUCUUUUUUUACAUUAUUAAAUCACAAAUUGCAUACAAAUUUAUUUAUUUUUAUUAUGAUACGCAGAAUCUCUUCAUAAUAUAUUUAUGAGAAAAAUAACCUUUUCUGUACGUUCUGUAUUAUUGACAUUUCAAACAUUUUUACUAUUUAUUCCUUUUUAGAAUAUGAUUCUAGUUAUAUUUAAUCUAGGUAAUAAUUACAAUGCUUACUAGGAGAUUGAAAAAAUAUCUAAACUUUGGUCUGAAAGUUGAACCAUUUUGCUAUCACAUGAAAAUAUAAAUUUAUUACUUUUGAAAUAAUAAUUGACAUUGAUGUACCUUUUGCUAAGCCUCUUUGUAUUAUGCAUGUUGUUGACUUUAGGGAUGUUAUCAGCUCCAAUACAAUACAGAUAAGACAAAUUAAUCAUAUCAUCACUGUAUAACAUCUAUACCACUAUCACUUGAUUUUCACUAUUCAAGAAAUAAAUAAUCUCACAUGCUCUGAAAUAUUUAAGAUUUUUUAACAUAAUAACCACAAUCUCACACAAUGGUCCUACUUCACCUAUUUUGCGUUAUUUGUCCUUCGUGCCCCAAGAACAUACGACUAUGAGUGUUCAUCAGUACUCCAGUUUCAAACGUUUAAGGAAAUAACUAAAUUUAGAUUCCAUAAAAGUGUCUGAACAUUGUGUUAAUUUGACUUACAUUUAUUUGAUAAAGACUUUAUGUACAUGUCAAAUUUAAUGCUGAUUUCAGUUAAAGCUUAUAAUUAAUUAUAGUAGAACGUAUCUACUUGAUAUUUAAAUUCUCAUUUCAACAUGCAAUUUUAAUAUAUCAAAAUAUAAGAGCCGCGUCAUGACAAAACCAAUAUAAUGGGUUUGCGACCAGCAUGGAUCCAGACCAGCCUGCGCAUCCGCGCAGUCUG